GGUUCAAACAAGAGUUUCAAGACAGGGUUAAGGCCUCAAAGUAGCGUUUCAAGCUAUGUUUGGGGGUUUUAGACCAGUGUUAGGGUUUCAUAUUAGGUUUUCAACCCUGAUUUCGGGAUUCAACCAGAGUUUAGAGUUUUAACAUAUGGUUUCAAGGGAGGGUUAGGUUUCAAAUUCAGGGUUUCAACUAGACAUUCGUGAGUAUUGAUACCAGGUGUCGGUAUCGGGUACCUAUGAAUGCUCCUGAUACUUAAAGACAUAAAAAGAAAACCUGACAUAAGUCCUCCUCGUCAGUAGUUGACGCUACACUGCAGCGGUUUGACACAUCUGCGAAUCAUCAUGUGCGUCGUCAGACAGAAAGAGAUGUCUUUGUUUACAGUUUUCUGUCGUUGUGUUAUUUGAAAUGUUACGUAUCAAACGUACUGGUGGUACAAGGGUAAGAGUCUCAAAUUAUUGUUUCAAGCCAGGGUUAGUGUCUAACAGAGCACAUUCUCUCCCAUUUACGGAGUGUCCCUGAACACACCUUGCGCAUGUAAACAUGAAUGGCAGCCGCACUGAAUGGGUUGCCAAAUACAGUGUUUAUCCCCCGAUUAAUGAAGGCUCGUAUAUAAUGUGUUCCGAUGGUUUUUUUUCCCUGGAUUUUUGAAUGAAAAUGAACUUUAAUUCUAAAAGCGUUCACAGACGCCAGAAAGAAUGCGUUCUCAAUAACGUUCAUCAGGCAGAAAUGAACUAAGUUGAGUUCACGUUUGCCCAAAAUAUGAACCAGUUCAUGGAACAACACUGGUUAGUUGGGGUAUCCAAGUAGGGUUUCAAGCCAGAGUUAGGGUCUCAAAUUAGGCUUUCAAAAAAAGAGGGUUUCAAAUUAGGAUUUGAAGAGAGGUACAGCAUUUCAAACAAUGAUUUGUGUUUUGAGCCAGUGUUAGGGUUUUAAGUUAGGGUGUCAAGACAGUUUUAGGGUUUCAAAGAAGCGUUGGGGUAUCAAAGUAGGGUUUCAACUUCAGCCAGUGUUUGGGUUUCAAGCCUUGGUUAGAGUUUCAAACAAGGGUUAGGGCUUUAAAGUCUUCCUAAUCGCUAAAUGUGGAACAUCAUGUGACCAACGUGGAAAACAGGAUAGCUGAUUUCCUGCGUAUACUAUGCUAACGAGCAUAACUACCGAAAACUUGGUGGUAGACAGAGGAAGUGAUGGAGGAAAUGCUCCACAUCCAGCAGGGGAAAUCAAAUGCCCUGAGAUGGAAGACGCCAACGUUUCCUUCGCCAUCAAAGAAGAGAGUCCGGAUGAGGCUCUGUGGAUCAGGGAUCCAGCCGGCUCUGGUCAGGAAAGAACACACCUUUGUUCAUCUUUGCAGUACCAAAAUGUGUCCGAGGGGUUUGAGGAGGACCGCCAGAAGACUGCCUCUAACUUUGGGGACUCGUUCGCAUCGGGCAAGCAUGGCGGCGAGGCAAGCGGCCUCCACUUGCUGGUCAAAACGGAGAAGGAGGAGACGGCGUGCCAGCUUGGCGCCACCAAACAAAACCAACUGGCUGACUUGUCCCUGGACGAGCGCGACCACCAGCUGUGGUCAUCCAUCAUCGACGGGGACGACAUCGACUCUGCUUUCCCGGACUUUUCCAGUGUGGUGGACGAAUAUUCGGAUGCCUUUCCAGAGCAGCCGCGAAAGUCGGGCACCGUCUCGCAUCCGCCCUCGCAGCGGUCUUGUAAUAGCGCCUACGAUGGCGAGGACCCGGCGUCCUCCACCUUUCCACCCAGACCUCAGUCGGACCCACACAAGGAGCAGGUCUACCCGCAAAGGCGUCCCCAAGUCGGGGAACACGCGGACGAACUGGCAGCGACCGCCUCGCAAGGCGCUUUCGCCCACUCUGACACAACCCACCGGCCCUUCCCGCGAGGCUUUGCCUGCGCGCAGUGCGGCAAGACCUUCUCGCGCCUGCACCAGUUCAAGCUUCACCAGCAGAGCCACAAGCGCAAACGGGCCUUCUGGUGCGCCGUGUGCGGGAAAGGCUUCCAGUGCUCGUCGCACCUCAGCAUCCACCACCGCACGCACACUGGCGAAAAGCCCUACGGCUGCCUGCAGUGCGGAAAACGCUUCACGCAACAGAGCAGCCUGCGCGUGCACCAGCGCACACACAGUGGUGAGCGGCCGUACAACUGCACACAGUGUGGAAAGACCUUCAUCCUCAUGCACCACCUCAAGCGACACUGCGUCAUCCACACUUACGGCUGAG